AUGCAGUUCUCCACGCUCGCAAUUGUCUGUUUGGCCGCCACCGGCGCCAAUGCUGCCAGCGGCUUCGCGCAGACAUGCACUAGAGAGACGAUGGACGGAUCCGUUCUCACGGCCACUUGCCACACUGGCGAGGGUGAGAGUACGAGGGUCUCCAGGCUCGACCUCAAGGAUUGCUUCUUUUUCCUCAACAAACAGAUUGAGUGCGGGGCGGGAGGUGUUGGCGGGUGCACCUUCGGCAACAUGAGAAGAAAAGACAAGGACUUCAUUGGGGAUCUUGGACCAGAUGUAGACAUCACCUGUCCUGAGCCAGCCGGGAGAACUCUGGUCAGGGUUAAUCUCAGUGAGUCCCCAGUCCGGUACCGAGCCACGCUCACUUUUCACAACAAGUCCAAUUGA